AUGGGUUUAUAUGAUAAAAAUCAAGAUAUUAACCGAUUUAAUGAAACCGUUAUAGAGAGGGAGCUGAAUAACGCUGAUGAUGGGUUUCCAAAUUUAGGGUCUGAUUUCUUUCAAGAGGCAAAUGAGAUUAUUUCACAUCCUUUUAGAUGGGGUAUUGUUAACUCACAGAAUGGUCAACUAGAUAAAGUACUAUCAAGGAACUACGAUGGUUUAGGAGACUUUCAAAAUAUAUUCGGCCUUCCAACUAGAUCACCAACUUCAACAUGGUUUGGGGAAUUAUUUGAUCCAAGUGUUUACAAUAACCAACUCAUCAGACAAGGAGUAACAGGUCUGUAUAGUUUCACUGCACCCACAACUGAACAAUACUCGUCAUGCAUGGAAACAAAUGGUUUAUCUGUUUGGGAUUCCAACGGUUGGUGGAGAUGCUUAUUCCCCAGAUCAACCAUCGAAAGGAACAUAGAGAAGAAAAAUUUACAAAAUAGCAUUUACGGUGAACAGAAAAAUGCUAUAUUAUCAAAAGAAGAUGUUUUAUCUGAUGUUGACCAUAAAAAAUACGGAAUCUUUUUCCAAGAAUAUACUGAUUUAUUAAAUUGGAAGUCUCAAAUGAAUAGAAUCAUUAAAAAUAGGCAACAGGAACAAAAUACCAUUGCCAAAAAGAAUGAUGAGCUAAAAUCAGCUAAUAGUACUGAUUUAGUGUUAGCUGAUACUCCGGAAAACCUCAUGAUGACAGAUUAUAGUUCUUUGGAUGAUAACAUUGAUAAUAAAUCAGUGAUAGGUUCUGCAAAAUAUACAACUUACAAUUCAACUCGAGAAGGAAAAGAAAAAAUCCAAUUAUGGAAGACAUAUUAUGAUGAUGAUACAGUGAAUAUAAAAUCUCAGAAGACCAUUAAACCAGCAGAUGGUAGUAAACCAAAAACUGAAUAUUCAGAAAAAACUGUAAACAGAAAGGAUGACAAUUCAUCCUUUUAA